AGCCAUGGCGUGUGUUGAUUUCUCAUUGCAUGUUUUGUAGAACAGCAAAACCUGAGCCCUAAAAUUUUUACUGUAACACCCAAUUGGGUAAUUACUAGGCUGUAUAAUUAGUAAUAACGCCAAUUCCAAUUACCAGGUGGCUUUCCAAACAGACCGUAAGUGUUUUAUUGAUGUUGAUUGAUCCUAAAACGGGCUGUGAUGAUGAUUUGCUUUUUCUUUCUGGGCUAUAAUCUACUGCACUGCUUGAAGAAAUCGCACGAAUUGUCCUUCAAAUAGCUGGUCUUCAAUUUUUGCUCUUCAAAUAGGCGGGUCUGUAAUACUGCUUUGAGAAAAUCCGACCCGUAUCUUGGCGGGGCGACCUGAUAAGGCAUCCAUCUGCAAAUCGGUGUCUGCAGUCACGGCGUCUGUCGCUUUCUCUUUGUAUGUAAGUAGAACAGCAAAAUCUGAGCCCUAAAAGUUAACUGAAACACCCAAUUGAGCCCUAAAAGUUUACUGGAACAGCCAAUCGGGUUAUUCAGUUUCAAUUUUUAGGUCAAAGUUGAGGUGAUAAAAAAGAGGAUUUUCAGUUUGUUGUUGAAGUUCUUCAUCAAAUUUAAGGUCAAAAUUGAGGUAAUUGGAGAAAAGUAUGGGCUAUGAUGAUGAAUUUGCUUAGUUUUUUUUGCACGGAUUGUCCUUCAAAGGCAAUGCUUUUUAAUUUUUGUCUCUCAAAUUGUCCUUUGAGGUGCUUUUUUUGUGUAUGUGUAUAUCUAUCUAUCUAUAUUUAUUAUAAAAGCACGAAUAGAAAUGUUGAUGGACCAAAAUAUCCUUCAAAUAUUGAGGGAUAUUCGUUGUAUGUUGCCUGAAAAUUGGCUGUGAUGAUGAUUUGCUUCUUUCUGGGAUAAUAAUCUAUUUUACUCACUGCAUUGAGAAGAUCCGACCCGUAUCUUGGCGGGGAGACCCGGUAAGGCAUCCAUAUGCAAAUCGGUAUCUGCAGCCAUGGCGAGUGUCGACAGCAAAAUCUGAGCCCUAAAAGUUGAAAGACCCAAUUUUUAGCUCAAAGUUGAGUUAGUCGGAGAAGAAAGAGGAUACUUUGAGGUGCUUUUUUUUAUGCAUAUUAUAUAUAUGUAAUAUAUAUACGGAAAACGGCCAAAUAUACUCUUGUACUAUCAAAAAUUGUACCCUCAUCUGAGUUUCGGUCCAAAUAUAUACCUCCUGUUAUACUUUCGGUUCAAAUACCCCUCCCAUUAUACUUUGACACAGAUUUGCCCUCAAUUUUGAAGGAACGUGGCAAGCUCAGAAUCAAAUGACUAUAUAUAUGAAUGUAUUGUAUGAGCCUGAAUAUUGGCUGUGAUGAUGAUUUGGUGCUUUCUGUGCUAAUAAUCUACUUUACUCACUGCGUUGAGAAGAUCCGACCCGUAUCUUGGCGGGGUGACCCGGUAUGGCAUCCAUUUUGUAAACCGGUGUCUGCAGCCAUGGCCUGUGUUGGUUUCUCUGUGCAUGUUCAUAUACAGCAGAAUCUGAGCCCUAAAAGUUCUACUAUAAUACCCAAUUGGAAUCUUCAAUUUUGCUUACAACAACAUCAACAUACCCGGAAAAGGUUUCAUACUAUGAACGACUCUACUGGGGAUUGAACCAAGAAUCUCUGGUUUUGUAGACCAGCGCCUUAUCCAUUGAGGGGAAAAAAAUUUAAAACCAGCACAAAAUAGGGACAAAAGUGCAAAUGACCUAAUUUUUGUCCUUCAAAUGGGUGUUUGAUGUUGAUUGAUUUUAAAAAAUGGGUUGUGAUGAUGAAUUUGCUUCUUUCUGGGCUAAUAAUCUACUUCACUCACUGCGUUGAGAAGUUCCAGACCCGUAUCUUGGCGGGGCGACCCGGUAUGGCAUCCAUUUUGCAACCGGUGUCUUGCAGCCAUGGCGUGUGUUGCUUUCUCUUUGCAUGUUCAUACACAGCAAAAUCUGAGCCCUAAAAGUUCUGGCUAAAAAAUGAGGUAAUCGGAGAAAAAAUGUGAUUUUUCAGGGUGGUUGACUAUCUCUUGUAUGCCUAUGAUUUUUUCUUAGCUCUAAUCAACAGCCCUAUUAGCAUUUAUGAGGUCUGUGUGUGUGUCUAUAUGUUGUAUGUCUCUUUCUGUCUCUCUCUCUGUGACUACUUUGCUCCUGCAUGGCUGCUUUUUCAGGCAAAGCAGCAGCAAAAGCAUAUAGAAAUGGAGGUUCAGCCUAGUCUGAAGAACGGAAUAGGGCCAAAAUACCCCUGUAAUAAGGCCAACAGAGAGAAAAUGGAAUUCUUGGAAGGUGGUUGCCCCCUCUGUUUGGCCUAUGAUUUCCCUAUAAACAAAAUGAACAACCCUCUUCAGAAGUACUAGUACUCUUUGCUUUUUCCUCUGAGCUUUAGACCAAACAUCCAUCUAAUAUUAGCUUAUGUUUGUUAAAUAUUGCUCGAAUUUGUCCAAAUGCCUACUUGUGGGAAAGUUUCCAUCUUUCAAAAGAGGCUGUGAUGGUAUGCUUAUGACAGAACCCUCACCGUAGUUUAGCCCAGAAAUGAAGAAUGAGACCAUCAGAGAGAUGGGAUUUUCUGUAAAGGGUGGUUGCCCCUCUCUGCUUUGUCCAUGAUUUCUUCUCCAUUCAUAAAAAUCCAACAGCCCUUUGAGAAAAUAGAAAAGAGACUAUGAUGAGCCUGUUUGGAUGGGCUUAAAAAAACAGCUUAUUUUCAGCUUACAAGCCCCCCCCCCCCAAAAAAAAAGUCGGGGGCUUAUUUUAAGCACAAAAUGGCUUAUAAGCUGGCCAACCAAACACUCAAAAAAGUUUCAGCAACUUAGAGCCCGUUUGGAUUGGCUUAUAAGUUGGCUUAUAAGCUGUUUUCAGCUUUUUUGAGUGUUUGGCUGGCCAGCUUAAAGUCAUUUUAUGCUUAAAAUAAGCUCAAAAAAAUAAUUGGACCCAUUUGACUUAGUUUAUCUAAAGCAGCUUAUAAGCUGAAAACAGCUUAUAAGCCAAAAAAAAUAAGUUGGACUACCCCAACUUAUUUUUUUCAGCUUAUAAGCUGCAAACAGCUUUAAGCUGUAAGCCAAUCCAAACGGGCUCUUAUAAGCUAAGCCAAACGGGCUCUAUGUAUGAGAAAAAAGAAAAGAGACUAUGUAUGCGUUUGACCAUAGAUUCCAAAUAUUUUUUUGCUUCUGCUACUACUACUAUAGCUGAUUUUCUCAAAUAUCCACUUUUUAAGAGUUCGGAACCUAGAUGACGUGAAAAAAAUGGGCGGUGAUGAUGAUUUGCUUCUUUUUGGGCUAAUAAUCACUUUACUCACUGCAUUGAGAAGAUCCGACCUGUAUCUUGGCGGGGCGACCUGGUACAGUAUCUAUUUGCAAACCAGUGUCUGCAGCCAUGGCGAUGUCACUUUUCUCUUUGCAUGUAAGUAGAACAGCAAAAUCUGAGCCCUCUGGAAACCCAAUUGGGUUUUUCAGUAUUUGUUGCAUACCCAUUUUGUUGAUGCAGUUCUCCCAUCAAUUUUUAGCUCAAAGUUGAGGUAAUCGGAGAAAAAAGAGGAUUUUUCAGGGUGGUUGACCAUCACCGAUAUGCCUAUGAUUUUAUCUUAGCUCUAAUCAACAGCCCUUUUAGCGUAUAUAUAUAUAUAUAUGAUUUUGCCCUUCAAAUGGGGUGGUCUUUAAUUUUUGCCCUUCAAAUGGGCUGGUCUUUAAUUUAAUAGGGGCCAAAAGUGCAAAUGGCCCAUUUUAUUUAUGUUGAUUGAUCUGAAAAAUUGGGCUGUGAUGAUAUUUUACUUCUUUCAGGGCUGUAAUCUACUUCAUAGAAUUGAGAAAAUCCGACCCGUAUCUUGGCAGGGCGACCCGGUAAGGCAUCCAUUUGCUAACCGGUGUCUUGCAGCCAUGGCGCUGUCGCUUUCUCUUUGCAUGUUUGCAGAACAGCAAAAUCUGAGCCCUAAAGUGUAUGGCAACCAUUUGAUGCUGGUCUUGAAUGGAUGGUCGUUCUCGGGAACUGAGAUAUCCAAUUAGGUACUUCAGUUUUUCUUGAACACCCAAUUUCAGAUGCAAUUCUCCAUCAAAUUUUAGCUUAAAAAUGAGGUAAUCGAGAAAAAAAGGGAAUUUUUCAGGGUGGUUGACCAUCUCCGACAUGCCUAUGAUUUAUUUUUUGCUCUAAUCAACAGCCCUUUUAGUUUUUUUUUUUUUUUUUUUUGAUCAAGUAAUAAUUUUCAUAUAACUAGGGCAGAAAAAGAGCCCGUAUACAAGAAGUGUACCAAAAGGUAGGGAACCUGACAGCAAGACAAGGUUUCCUACAAAAGCCACCAAAUCCUCUAAACCUUUGGGAACCUCAUGGCUGCACCAAAAAGAAAUAAGAGCAACAAGACUAUUUCUCAGGAAAACAAAAUCUUUCUCUUUGCCGUCAAACGCUCUCCUAUUCCUCUCCAUAUGGUCCACAUGAGUGCCAAGGGAGCAACAUCCCAUUCUCUGCUUCUUCUCUUCCGUCUUCUAGGGGCCCAUCCAACCAUUGAGUCUUUCACAGAGCCCGGCAUCACCCACUCAGAUGCUAACCGACAAUGUAGUAGAAGAUGAUUAACGUCUUCUCCAGUCUCUUUACACAUGAAACACCAACGGACACAAGUGUUCUUCCUCUUCCUCAAAUUCACUGCCGUCAAUAUUACCCCUCUCACAGCUAACCAAGUGAAGAAACGAACUUACCCCUCUCGACAGCCCUUUUAGUAUAUGUAUGAGGUCGUAUAUAUAUAUAUGUAUGUAUAAUGUAUUGUUUAGCGCAGAAUUGAAGAAUGAGACAUCUCAGAGAGAGAUGGGAUUUUCUGUAAAGGGUGGUUGCCCUUCUCUGCUAUGUCAAUGAUUUCGUCUCCAUUCAUGAAAAUCAACAACCCUUUGAGAAAAAAAAAACAAGGAAAUGUUGAAAGGGACUAUAUGAUCUUGAGCUCGUCCAUUUCUGCUUCUGCUGCUAGUACAGCUGAUAUUCACAAAUAGCUACUUUUAUGUCCCUGUAAAAUACAAGCUAGAAAUGGCACAAUAAGGUAGCUGCUUUGAUGGGUGAUUUACAAGAAUAUCCUUCAUCGGUGUAAUUCCACGCUCUUAAUGGUGCUCAGGGCACAAGAGAGCUGAUGUUGGUUAAUAUGAAAAGAUGGGCUGUGAUUAUGAUUUGCUUCUUUCUGGCUAAUAAUCUACUUACUGCGUUGAGAAAAUCUGACCUGUAUCUUGGCGGUUCACCCGGUAUGGCAUCCAUUUGCAAACCGGUGUCUGCAGCCAUGGCGUGUGUUGCUUUCUCUUUGCAUGUUCUUAUACCGCAAAUUCUGAGUCGGAAAAGUUUUAGCUAAAAAUGAGGCAAUUGGAUAAAAAUUAGGAUUUUUCAGGGUGGUUGACCAUCUCCGGUAUGCCAAUGAUUUUAUCUUAGCUCUAAUCAGCAGCCCUUUUCGCAGAUGUAUGGUGUGUGUGUGUGUGUACACACACACACACACACACCUGUCCUCUAUCUGUGACUGCUUUGCUCCUGCAUGGCUCCUUUUGAGACCAAGUACAUAGAAAAAUGGAGGUUCAGCCUAGUAUGAAGAACGGAAAAGGGCCAAAUAUACCCCUGUACUACGAAAAUGAGGCCACAGAGAAAAGGGAAUUCAUGGAGGGUGGUUGCCCCCUCUGUUUGGCCUAUGAUUUCACCAUAAACAAAAUCAACAACCCUCUUCAGAAGUACUAGUACUGUUUUCUGUUUUCUCUGAGCUAAGACCAAACAUCCUCUAAUUUGAGCUUAUGUUUGUUAAAAAUUGCUCGAAAUUGUCCAAAUGCCUACUUGUGGGAAAGUUUAUCUUUCAAAAGAGGCUGUGAUUGUAAUGCUUAUGUAGAACCCUCAUCAUAGUUUAGCCCACAAAGGAAGAAUGAGACUAUCAGAGAGAGAUGGGACUUUCUGUAAAGGGUGGUUGCCCCCUCUCUGUUAUGUCCAUGAUUCUUCUCCAUUCAUUAAAAACCAACUGCCCUUUCAGAAGAAAAAUAAAACAAGAACGUUAAUUUUCGUAUAUAUAUGCUGCUUCCAAUUUCUGCUUCUGCUUCUACUACUACAGCUGAUUUUCGCAAAUUGUCGCUUUUAUGGCCCUGUAAAAUACAAGGUAGUUAUGACACAAGAAGAUAGCCGCUCUUAGUGGGUCAUUUACAAGAAUCUUGAUUGAUCUGAAAAAAUGGGCUGUGAUGACGAUUUGCUUCUUUCUGGGCUAUAAUCUACUUCACUGAAUUUAGAAAAUCCAAUCCGUAUCUUGGCGGGGCGACCUGGUACGGCAUCAAUUUCCAAGCCGGUGUCUUGCAGCCAUGGCAUUUGUAGAACAGCAAAAUCUGAGCCCUAAAGUGUACGGCAACCAUUUGAUUAUCUUGAAUCGAUGGUCGUUGUCGGGAACUGAGAUGCCCAAUUAGGUUCUUCAGUUUUUCCUGAACACCCAAUUUCUGAUGCAAUUCUCCAUCAAAUUUUAGCUAAAAAAUGAGGUAAUCGGAGAAACAAGGGGAUUUUUAAGGGUGGUCGACCAUCUCCGGCAUGCCUAUGAUUUCUUUUUUGCUGUAAUCAACAGCCCUUUUAGCAUAUGUAUGAGGAUAUAUACAUAUGAGAGAAUGGUUAAAAACACACCUGAACUAUCAUUUUUUUCGCGAGUUUCACACCCUAGCUAUCAACUGUUUCCUGUUUUCUUUUUCUAUCUGAGCUAUCACCAUCUAUGUAUUAAAAUAACAACAAAAGUACUACAAUGAAAUGGAAAAUGAAAAUGAUGGGGGCUGUGAUGAUAAUUUUACUGAGUAAAUGGAAUCAGUCAUUAUAGUUUCGGGCCCGUAUCUUGGCAGGGUGACCCGUAUUAUCGGGUUUGCAGUCAUGGCGGUGUCUAGGGGUGUACAAAGAAAACCGACAAACCGCACCAAGGUAGAAAUGAUGCAACAAGGUAAAUGCUUUUAGAGCUUGUUUGGAUGGGCUUAUGCUGUAAACAGCUUAUAAGCUAAACAAAAUAAGUUGGAGUAGUCUAACUUAUUUUUUUUGGCUUAUAAGCUGUUCAGCUUAUAAGCUGCUUUAGAUAAGCUAUAAGUCAAAUGGGCCCAAUUAUUUUUUUGAGCUUAUUUUAAGCACAAAAUGACUUUAAGCUGACCAGCCAAACACUCAAAAAAGCUGAAAACAGCUUAUAAGCAACUUAUAAGCCAAUCCAAACGAGCUCUUAAUGGGCGAUGUACAAGACUGUCAUGAAUGUAAUUUCCACACUUUUAAAAAAUGGGUUGUGAUGAUGAAUUUGUUUCUUUCUGGGCUAAUUAUCUACUUCACUCACUGCGUGAAGAAGUUCCAGACCCGUAUUUUGGCGGGGCGACCCGGUACGGCAUCCAUUUGCAAAUCGGUGUCUUGCAGCAAUGGCGUGUGUUGCUUUCUCUUUUCCAUUGGUAUAAUAAUUUAGGGGUGUUCAUGGUUCGGUUUAGUUUUGACCAAAAAAGAAGGCAUUUCUGUUGCCAUUGAUGUGAUGCUGAUGUCAAUCGUAGUCCCUCCGUCUCAUUUUAUUUGUUGUGAAACCGUCCUAAUUGCUAUGGAAAAGUGCCCAUCUUUCCAAAGAGGCAGUGAUGAUGUUUGCUAAUCUGGGCUGUUAUUUGGGCAUAGAGAAAACUCGACUUGUAUUUUGGCAUGGCAAACUCGGAUCUUGAAAUCAGUUCAUUUUGCAGCCAUGGCGUUUGUCGUCCUCUCUUUGCCUCAUUUUACACAGAUCUGAGCCGGUAUGGCAUCAUCUGCAAACCUGUCUCGGCUUUAUGCUACCACUGCUGAUUUACAGAAAAAGGAUGCUGAAAUGGGCUGUGAUGAUUGCUUUUUAUUUACUAGCUUUGAGAAAAUCUGACAUGUAUCGUGGUGUGGCGACCCGGUAUGGCAUCAGUUUGCAAACCGGUGUCUGCAGCCAUGACAUGUGUCACUUUCUCUUGCAUGUUCAUAUACAGCAAAAUCUGAGCCCUAAAAGUUUUAUGAGAAGUCUUGAAUGGAUGGCCCUUCUCUUGAAAUGGGAAACCCAAUUGGGUUCGUCAGUUUUUUUUUUUUGGAACAAUCAAUUUUUCAGAGGCAGUCCUCCAUCAAAUUUUGGCUCAAGGUGAUGCAAUCGAAGAAAAAAAAGGGAUUUUACAGGGUGGUUGACAAUCUCCAGUAUGCCUAUGCUUUCUUUUUUGCUCUAAUCAACAGCCCUUUAGCUCAAAAAUGAAAAAGGGACUAUAUAUGCUCUUCAUUUCUCUGCUUCUGCAUACUACUACAGCUGAUUUUCGCAAAUAGUCACUUUUAUGUCCUGUAAUAUAUAGGGUAAAAAUGACACAACACGGUAGUUAGUUUUAAUGGGUGAUUUACAAGAAUGUCAUUGGGUGUAAUUUCUGCACUUUUAAUGUUGCUAAGGGACAACUGAUGGAAUAAAUUGCUCGAUUUUCCCUUCAAUCGAGCUUGUCUUUAAUUUUUGCCCUUCAAAUUUAAUUUCUGCAACUGAUGUUGAUUGAUCUGAAAAAUGGGCUGUGAUGAUGAUUUGCUUCUUUCUGGGCUAUAAUCUACUUCACUGCGUUGAGAAAAUCCGACCUGUAUCUUGGUGGGGCGGUCCGGUAGGGCAUCCAUCUGCAAACCGGUGUCUGCAGCCCUGGCGUGUGUUGCAUUCUCUUUUCAUGUUCAUAUUCAGCAACAUUUGAGCCCUAAAGUUUUAUGGAAACAACCUCUCUACCCCACCCUCCCCAGACCCCACUUGUGGGAUUAUGCUGGGUUGUUGUUGUUGUUGUUGUUUGCAUGGUUGUCUUCUCUUUGCCUGAUCAAGAUCGUAUUUGAGCCAGAAAUUUCUGGGAAUCGAACUCAGGUCCUCUUGUUCUUUAAAUCUUUUAGAACUCAAGGAGACAGUGGUUCGAGCCAAUAGAACUGAUCCUGUUCAAUUGAGGUCGUGACUAAAAUCCUCUUCAUUUGAGGAAAAUAAUGGAGCUGUGAUGAUAAUUUUAGUGAGCAAUUGGAUCAAGCAUUGUUGUUUUAGUCCCGUAUCUUGGCAGGGCGACCUGUAUUAUAGGGUUUGCAGCCAUGGCAGUGUCUAAUAACUCAAUGCCUCAGAUAAGUUAAAGAUCUGAGCCCACAAGGAAGAACGAGGCCAACAGAGAGAAAAUGGAUUUCUUGGAGGGUGGUUGCCGUCUCUGAAUGGCCUAUGAUUUUCCAUCAACCAAACCAACAACCCUCUUUUCUGUGAUGCUGAUAGCAGCACUAGUAGUACUCCCUCUGUUCCACUUUACUUAUCUUGAAACUGUCCACAAAUUGCUAUAGAAAUGAUUGCAUAUUUCGCAAGAGGCAGUGAUGAUAUUGCUAAUCUGGGCUGAAAAUCGGGGCAUGGAGAAUCCCAACUUGUAUCUUGCCAGGGCAAACCCAGAUCGCGCAGCCCUUUUCUUUUGCAGCCAUGGCGUUGUCGUCUUUUCUUUUGCCCUGUUUUUACACGGAUCUGAGCCCCAAUUUCCAUCUAGUUCUUCUGGAUAUUCCAGGAGUCGAAUUUAUGACUGAUGGUGAUGCAAUUCUCUUUUUUGAGCAAUUGGGUUGGCCUGAGAUGAUAAGAGCCGUAUCUUGGCGGGGUAACGUGGGAAGGUUGCAGCCAUGGCGGUUUCUGAUUAAACCCAAUGCCUGAUUGUUAUGUACAUGAUGUGCGUGUAUCUUGUCUGUAUACGACAUACAUAUAUAUACAAACACACAUACAUACAGAUCAUGAGAAAAUGUCAAAAAUAGUCCCUUAUCGAGGCAGUGAUGAUCAUUCAAUCUAUCUUCCCGAGCUAGUAAUUGAGCAUAGAGAGUACCGGACAUGUAUCUUGGCUGGGCAAUGACCCAAAUACAUGUGAUUGUUACAUGCAAUUGGGAAAUUUGCAGCCAAGGUGUGGCCGGACUUACUUUGCUUGAGCAUAAAUACAGAUCUGAGCCUCAAUUAUCACUUAUACAGUUAGACCUCUCUAUAAUAGCCAAUCCUCUAUUGCAACAUUUCAACGUAACAGCCAUGUUUUCUGCGAAACCGAUCAUUAAUGUAAUGUUAUAUUAUAUGUUCUUCAUAGCAGCAUUUUGGUAUAGCAGCCAAAAAAAUAUCGGGACAAUCGAUGCUGCUAUAGAGAGGUUUGGUUGUAUCUUACUUUUGGUAUAUUUGGUAUGGAGGAAACUAUUUCAGUGAAGCAGUCAUUUCCACAAAUAAGACCUUUGACAUGAGGCCCAUAAUUUUGGGAGGUCCAAAAGGAUUAGGGCACUACAAAUAUGAAGCAGAAAGUGAAACGGAAAUGUCAAAAAUCUCAUUAGUUUAAGUCUGAGGCUGCUGGUUUCAGAGAGUUGCGGGGAGUUGUUUGAGUGGUCGCCCCUCUCUCAUUCUUAGCAGCCAAUGAUCACUCAAAAUUUCCCAAUUUCAAAUCACUCUUUAGCAAAAUAAUUUCAAUAAGGCAGUGAUGAUUUUCAUUCUUUACUCAUCAGAUGUUUGAGCCUAGCUAUAUCUUGGCGUGGCAGCUUUUGGGUGUCUUAUGGAAUAUUGGAGCUAUUUUGGUUUCUGUGUCUCACAAAGGCUCCUUAAGCUUGCAGCCAUGGCGGGGUUUAGCUUAUGUCCGAGAGAAGGCAAAUCUGAGCCUCCUAAAUUUCUUUUUUAAUGUUCAAAAUGAGGCUUUUAUGGAACUUGAGGAAUGUUGAGAUUUUCUAAGAGUGUUUAGUCCCUUCCUCUGAAGUUCAAUUUAGCAAGUGAAAAUCCCUAUACCUAUGUUACACAGAAAGCUUAGCAGCCCUUUGAUCAACAGAAAUGCCAAUUAUGGUAAUGAGGUUUAUGGUAGUAAUAAGGAAAAGGCCAAAUACAUAGAUACCCCUUAAACUUGGCACAAUCUGUCGGCUAGUUUGCCUCUUAGACUUGUCGGGGGAAAUCCUUUUGUGCUUGGAUCCUAAACCCUAAACUUUGUGAACGAGGCUGUGAUGAUAUUACCAAGGAAGCUUGAAAAUCAGAUUUUUGAGCUGAUUCGUAUCUUGGCUAGGCAAAGGCAGGGGAAUUUGUGAGGGCAAACCAGAUUCGUUUUGCAGCCAUGGCGUUGUCGUUUUCUCGUUGUGCCCUAUUUUACACAAAUCUGAGCCUCAACUUCAAAUGGGUCACUGUGGAUUCUCGUCCGGAUCCGAAUUUGAUGGAAACCCAGUUUAUUUUAGCUCAAAAGCUGAGGCAAUUGGAGAAAAACGGGAUUUUAUCAGGGUGGUUGACCAUUCACUAUCUGUGGUAUGUCGAUUUCUUUUUGCUCUAAUCAUCAGCCCUUUUACCCCCUGUUUGGAUGGUUGUUUCCCGUGGUUCAUUAUUGUAUUGUUUUCAUUGAACUAAGUGCACAAAUAGCCAAUUUCAGACUAUUUCAAGGUCAUUGUGUGUAAUUUCCUGGAAUUUAGGGACUCACACUUUACGGAGUAAUGGAAGCUCAGCCCAUUUUGAAGAAUGAGGCCAACAGGGAGAAAAAGGGAAUUUUCAUAGAGGGUGCUUGCCCCCUCUGACUGGCAUUUGUUUUGUCUGACCAACCAAACCAACUACAAAAGUUGAAACAAGAAACAAUAUUUGUUACACACAGAUCUGAAGGUCUCAUUUGUUCUAUUAAUUUCUUGUUAAAAUUGUCCAAACAGGCUCUUAUGGAAAAAAGCUCCAUUAUUUUCGAAAGAGGCAGUGAUGAUAUUGCUAAUAAGGGCUGAUGUUUGGUGCAUGGAGACAAUUCGACCCGUAUCUUGGCAUGGCAAACCUGGAUAGCUUGUGAUUGAGUCUUCUCUUUCACAUGCAACUGGUUCUUUUGCAGCUAUGGCAUUGUUGCCUUCUCUUUGCCCUGAUUUUUGCAGAUCUGAGCUCCAAUUCGUGAAGGGUAAAAGUUAAAGACCAGCCCAUUUGAAGGCAAACCAUGCAAUUAAUUGAUAAAUUAGUCUUUCACACAACAGUGAGGAUCAGCUCAGAAGGAACAAUGAGGCCAACAGAGAGAGAAAAAUGGAUUUCUUGGUAGGGUGGUUGCCCUCUCUGAUUGGCCUAUGAUUUCUCCAACCUACCAACCAACAACUCUCCAUUGAUGUAAUGUCAAUAGCAGUGACAGCAGCAAUACUAAUACUCCCUCCGUUCCAAUUUAAUUGUCCACUAAAUUGCUAUGCAAAAAGAUUCUAUCUUUCUAAAAGAGGCAGUGACGAUAUUACUAUUUCUGGGCUGAUUAAUUCGGGGCAUGGAGAAAACCCGACCCGUAUCUUGGCUGGGCAAACCUGGAUCAUCCAACCGGUUCAUUUUGCAGCCAUGGCGUUGUCGUCUUCUCUUUUGCCCCAUUUUACACAGAUCUGAGCCUCAAUUGAUGGAAAUGCAGUUCAUUUUAGCUGAAAAGGAUGAGGCAAUCGGAGAAAAAAUGGGGAUUUUUUUGGGCUGGUUGACCAUCUCCAAGUAUGUCAAUGAUUUCUUCUUUGCUUUAAUUUAACGAGAAAAUGCCAAAAAUGGUCCCUUAUGUUUGAGUGUUGGUUCAAAAUUAGUCCCCUUAAGUAUGCACUUAACAGCAGUAGUAGUGCACUUAAAGUUUCCAUUUUUUCAAAAGAGGCAGUGAUGAUAUUGCUAAUAUGGGCUGAUGUUUGGGGCAUGGAGUCUAUUCGACCCGUAUCUUGGCAUGGCAAAUCCUGAUGGCUUCUGAUUGCGUCUUCUCUUUCACAUGCAACUGGUUCUUUUGCAGCCAUGGCGUUGUCGCCUUAUCUUUGCCCCAAUUUUGCAGAUCUGAGCCCCACUUUUUGAAGGGUAAAAUUAAAGACCAGCCCAUUUGAAGGGAAAACAGUGCAAUUAAAGGAUAAAUUAGUGGGCCAUUUGCACGAAUGCCCCUAUCUUGGGGUGGUAUUUAUUUUUUGCCCCUUAAAUAGCUGGUCUUUAAAUUUUGUCCUUCGGCACUUCAAGUAACAAAAAAGUGGCCAACAAUACUCCUGACAUCUCUAUGACCUAAUUUCGCAAGUUUACCUUAUGCCUUGCGAAUUUUUUUUCCCGGACUCUGCGGGGGAUUGAACCCAGAAUCUCUGGUUUCGUAGACCAGCACCUUAUCAUAGAUAAGGGUAUUUUGGCCCACAAAUAUUCAUUAAAUGAAAAGCAGGGGCAAAAAUUAAAGACCAGCAAUCUGAGGGGCAAAAAUUAUAGACCAGUUUGUUUGAAGGACAAUCCGCGCAAAAAAAUGUAAGUUAGUCUUUCACUUAACAGUGAGGAUCAGCCCAGAAGGAAGAAUGAGGCCAACAGAGAGAAAAAAUUGGAUUUCUUGGUACGGUGGUUGCCUUAUCUGAUUGGCCUAUGCUUUCUCCCACCUCCUUUGGUAUACUUCUGAUAUCAUCCCGAACCAAAAAAAAAAAAAAAAAAAAAACUGUUGCCAUUGAUGUAAUGUUGAUAGCAGCAGUAACAGUAGCAAUACUCCCUCCGUUCCAUUUUCAGUGUCCACUAAAUUGCUAUGCAAAAAAGAUUCCAUCUUUCUUGCAGUGAUGAUAUCGCUAAAAAGAUUCCGUUUUUCUAAAGAGCAGUGAUGAUAUUGCUAUUUCUGGGCUGAAAAUCUCGGGGCAUGGAGAAAACCCGAGCCGUAUCUUGGCAGGGCGAAACCCAAUUCGUUUUGCAGCCCUGGCGUUGUCAUCUUCUCUUUUGCCCCAUUUUACACAAAUCUGUGCCUCAUAUUUCCAUUAUGGAUACUCCAGGAACCGACCCAGAACCUUAUUUGAUGGAAACCCAGUUCAUUUUAGCUAAAAAUCAGAUGGUAUAUUUUGUGAAAUUUCCCAAAAAAAAAAAAAAAAAAAAAUUGUCUUGAAAACUGUCCUCAAAUGCAAAAAGAUUCUAUCUUUCUAAAGAGGUAGUAUUUAUAUUGCUAACUCCGGGCUGAUUAAAUGGGGGCAUGGAGAAACCCGACUCGAAUCUUGGCGGGACAUACCCGGUUCAUUGUGAGGCCAUGGCGUUGUCGUCUUCUCUUUGCCCCAUUUUACAAAGAUCUGAGCUUCAACUUCCAAUGAUUUCCAAGAUCCGAAUUUGAUGGAAACCCAGUAUUUCAUUUUUGCUCAAAAGGGUGAGGCAAUCGAGAAAAUGGGAUUUUUUCUGGGUGGUUGACCAUCUCCAUUAUGUCAAUGAUUUCUUCGUUGCUUUAACGAGAAAAUGAAAGAAAUGGUCCCUUAUGUUUGAGUGUUGGUUCAAAAUAGUCCCCAAGUAUGUAAUUAACAGUUUUGGUCCCUUUAAGUAGGCAGUGAUGAUAUUGCUGAUGUUUGGGGCAUGGAGACAUUUUGACCCGUAUCUUGGCAUGGCAAACCCGGAUGGCUUGUGAUUGAGUCGUAUCUUUCACAUGCAACUGGUUCUUUUGCAGCCCUGGCGGUUGUCGCCUUCUCUUUGCCCCAGUUUUGGCAGAUCUGAGUCUCAAUUUUUAACUAGUCCGACUGGACGUCCCACGACUCCAAGAGUUCUGAACCUAAAUGACGAAAAGACCUCUGUAUGCACACACACACACAAACACAUAUCAUGAGAGAAUGUCAAAAUGGUCCUUUAUCGAGGCAGUGAUGAUCUUUCAAUCUGUUCUCAUGAGCUAGUAAUUGAGCAUUGAGAGUACCCGACCGGUAUCUUGGCGGGGCGAUGACCCGGAUGCCUGUGAUUUUGUUGCAUGCAACCUGGGGAUAUUUGCAGCCAUGGCAUGGUGGGACUUUCUUUGCCCGAGCAUAAAUACAGAUCUGAGCCUCAAUUGUCACUUGUGUUUAAGCUGAAAACAGCUUAUAAGCAACUUAUAAGCCAAUCCAAACGGGCUCUUACUCUGGGUGUUUUUGGUAUGGAGGAAAAUAUUUCAGUGAAGCAGCCCUAAAGGGUGGGGUGUACGCACCCCUUACCCCUACCUUUGCGGGAUAGGGUUGUUUCCGAUAGACCGGGGCUACCUGGCAGUAUGGGUAUAUUUGGCCCUUUUCCGUUAAAAUAUAUAUGUUGCCGUUGAUGUGGGACUGCGCUGGGUGGUUGUUGUUGUUGCCAUUGAUGUAAUGUUGAUAGCAGUAGUAGUAGUAGUACUCCUUCUGUUCCAAUUUACCUGUCUUGAAACUGUCCACAAAUUGUUAUGCAAAAAGAUUCCAUCUUUCUAAAGAGGCAGUGAUGAUAUUGCGGAAUCUGGGCUGAUUAAAUCGGGGCAUAGACAAAACCUGACUCGUAUCUUGGCGGGGCAAACCCGGUUCUUUUUGCAGCCACGACGUUGUCGUCUUCUCUUUUGCCCCAUUUUUCACAAAUCUGAGCCUCAACUUCAAAUGGGUAAUUUCUCCAGGAUCCGUAUCCGAAUUUGAUGGAAAACCAAUUUUUCAUUUUAGCUAGAAAGGAUGAGGCAAUCGGAGAAAAAAUGGGGAUUUUUUCAGGGUAGUUGACCAUUGACCAUCUCCGUUAUGUCAAUGAUUUCUUCCUUGCUCUAAUCAACAACCCUCUGAUCUUAUAUUUGUGAAAUUUCCCAAAAAACAAAGAAAAAAGAAAAACUGUUGCCAUUGAUGUAAUGUUGAUAGCAGCAGCAAUAGUAAUACUAAUAUUCCCUCUGUUUCAAUUGAAGUGUCCACUAAUUGCUAUCUAAAAAGAUUCCAUCUUUCUAAAGAGGCGGUGAUGAUAUAUUCUGGGCUGAAAUUCGGGGCAUGGAGAAAACCCGACCCGUAUCCUGCCGGGGCAAACCUGGAUCAUACAACCGGUUCAUUUUGCAGCCACAACAUUGUUGUCUUCUCCUCUUUGCCCCAUUUUACACAGAUCUGAGUCUCAACUUUUGGACCCAGAACCUUAUUUGAUGGAAACCUAGUUCAAUUUUAGCUUGAAAGGAUGAGGCAAUUGGAGAGCAAAUGGGAUCUUUUUCAGGGUGGUUGACCAUCUCUGGUAUGUCGAGGAUUUCUUCUUUGCUUUAACGAGAAAAUGACAAAAAUAGUCCCUUAUGCUUGAGUAUUGGUUCAAAAUACUGCCCUUAAGUAUGCACUUAACAGUUUUGUUAUUGCAGAUUCUGGGCUGAAAGUCGGGGCAUGCAGAAAACCCGACCCACGUAUCCUGACGGGACAAACCCGGAUCAUACAACCGGUUUGUUUUGCAGCCAUGGCAUUGUCGUCUUCUCUUUUGCCCCAUUUUUACACAGAUCUGAGUCUCAACUUCCAAUGAGUUCCAAGAUCCGAAUUUGAUGGAAACCCACUUUUCCAUUUUAGCUCAAAGGGAUGAGGGUUAAUGGCACUUAUUCCCCUUUUUUUUGCUGGGCUUUAGAUUCUGUUUGGAAAGCCACCUGGUAAUUGGAAUUGGUGUAAUUAGUAGGUUUAGGGACUUACACUUCACAGACUAAUGGAAGCUCAACCCAUUAUUAUCUAUGUCAUUUCUCUUGACGCGAUAAAAAAGACGACUUUCGAGAGUAACUUAGCCCCUUGACCUCUUCUCUCAAAAAAGACGUUGUGCGGGCAAGUCUAUCAAAGUCAGAGCGGGGAGGUGAUGUUUAUUUACAGUUGUUGUAAAAGAAUUGAGGCUAACAGGGAGAAAAAAGGUGUUUUUUUGGAGGGUCGUCGCCCCCUUUGAUUGGCCUAUGAUUUCUCUGACCGACCAAAUCUACAACCCUCUACCAAAGUUGAAACAAGAAACAAUAUUUGUUACACUCACAAAUCUGAAGAUCUCAUUUGUUUUAUUAACUUUUCUUGUUAAAGUUGUCCAAACAGGCUCUUAUUGAAAAAGCUCCUAUUUUUUUUGAAAGAAGCAGUGAUGAUAGUGCUAAUAUGGGCUGAUGUUUGUGGCAUGGAGACUAUUUGAUCCGUAUCUUGGCAUCGCAAACCCGGAUGGCUUGUGAUCGAGUCUUCUCUUUCACAUGCGACUGUUUCUUUUGCAGCCAUGGCGUUAUCACCUUCUCUUUGCCCCAAUCUUUGCACAUCUGAGCCCCAAUUUUUGAAGGGUAAAAAUUAAAGACCAGUCCAUUUAAAGGGAAAACUGUGCAAUUAAAUGAUAAAUUAGUCUUUCACCUAACAGUAAGGAUCAGCCCAGAAGGAAGAAUGAGGCCAACAGAGAGAACAAAUGGAUUUCCUGGAGGGUGGUUGCCCUCUCUGAUUGGCCUAUGAUUUCUCCGUCCAACCAAACCAACAACCCUCCGAUGGUAUAUUCAUGAAAUUUCCCAACAACCAAAAAAAAAUCUGUUGCCAUUGAUGUAAUGUUGAUAGCAGUAGUAGAAGUAAUACUCCCUCCGUCUCAAUUUACUUGUCUUGAAAACUAUCCACAAAUUGCUAUACAAAAAGAUCCCAUCUUUCUGAAGAGACAGUGAUGAUAUUGCUAAUUCUGGGCUGAAAAUCGGGGCAUGUAGAAAACCCGAAUCCCGGAUCAUACAACCGGUUAAUUUUGCAGCCAUGGUGUUGUCAUCUUAUCCUCUUUUCCUCAUUUUUACAUAGAUCUGAGCCUCAGACUUCCAAUGAGUUCCAGGAUCCGAACCCGGAUUCAAAUUUUAUGGAAACCUAGUUAAUUUUAGCUCUCAAGUGAGGCAGUCGGAGAAAAAUUGGGGAUCUUUUUCAGGGUGGUUGACCAUUUCCGGUAUGUCAAUGAUUUCUUCUUUGCUUUAAUCAACAGCCCUUUUAGCUUGGAUCAUUGGCACUUAUGCCCCUAUUUUGUCCUGAUCUUUAGGGUCUGUUUGGAAAGCCACCUGGUAAUUGGCAUUGGCGUAAUUACUAGGGCAGUAAUUACACAACGUAGUAAUUACACAGUAUAGUAAUUACGUAUUUUUGGCCUGAAUUUGAAAGGCAAACCGUGCAAUUUCCUCUUUUAGCUUUUCUAUGUGAACGAAGUGCAAAAAUAGCCAAUUUUAGACCAUUUCCAAGGUCAUCGUGUGUAAUUUCCUGGAAUUUAGGGUCUUGCACUAAACAAAUUAAUGGAAGCUCACCCCAGCAUGAAGAAUGAGGCGAACAGGGAGAAAAGGGGAAUUUCUUUGGAGGGUGGUCGCCCCCUCUGAUUGGCCUAUGAUUUCUCCGACCAACGAAACCAACAACCCUCUGCAACAGUUGAAACAAGAAACAUUAUUUGGUACACUCACAGAUCUGAAGGUCUCAUUUGUUUUACUAAUUUUUCUUGUUAAAGUUGUCCAAACUGGCUCUUCUGGAAACUUACAAUUUUUUCUAAAGCAGCAGUGAUGAUCUUGCUAAUCUGGGCUGAUGUUUGGGGCAUGGAGACUAUUUGACUCGAAUCUUGGCAUGGCAAACCCGGAUGGCUUGUGAUUGAGUUUUCUCUUUCACAUGCAACUGGUUCUUUUGCAGCCAUGGCGGUUGUCUCCUUCUCUUUGCCCCAAUUUUUGCAGAUCUGAGCCCCAAGUUUUGAAGGGUAAAAGUUAAAGACCAGCCCAUUUGAAGGCAAACCGUGCAAUUAAUUGAUAAUUAGUCUUUCACACAACAGUGUGGAUCAGCCCAGAAGGAAGAAAGAGGCCAACAGAGAAAAAUGGAUUUCUUGGUAGGGUGGUUGCCCUCUCGGGUUGGCCUAUGAUUUUCCAGCCUACCAAACCAACAACCCAACAUUGAUGUAAUGUUAAUAGCAGUGACAGCAGUAAUACUAAUAGUCCCUCCGUUCCAUUUUAGCAGGGCAUGGAGACUAUUCGACCCGUAUCUUGGCAUGGCAAACCCAGAUGGCUUGUGAUUGAGUCUUCUCUUUCACAUGCAACUGGUCCUUUUUCAACUAUGGCGUUGUCGCCUUCUCUUUGCCCCAAUUUUUAGAUCUGAACCUCAAUUUUUGAAGGGAAAAAUUAAAGACCAGCACAAUUGAAGGGCAAACCGUGCAAUUAAAUGAUAAAUUAGUUGGCCAUUCGCACAAAUGCCCCUAUCUUUGGGGUGGUCUUUAAUUUUGCCCCUCAAAUUGCUGGUCUUUAAUUUUUGCCCUUUGGCACUUUAAGUAACAAAAAAGUGGCCGAAAAUACCCCUGACAUCUCUAUGACCUAAUUUUCGGACUCUGCUGGCAUCGAACGCAGAAUCUCUGGUUUCUUAGACCAGCGCCUUAUCAUAGAUAAGGGUAGUUUGGCCCACAAAUCAUUAAAUGAGAAACAGGGGCAAAAACUAAAGACCAGCGAUUUGAGGGACAAAAAUUAUAGAUCAGUGCGUUUGAAGGGAAAUCCGCGCAAAAAAAUGUAAAUUAGUCUUUCACUUAACAGUGAGGAUCAGCCCAGAAGAAGUAUGAGGCCAACAGAGAGAUAAAAUUGGAUUUCUUGGAGGGUGGUUGCCCUCUCUGAUUGGCCUAUGAUUUCUCCCACCGACCACCCUCCUUUUGGUAAUACUUCUGAAAUAUCCCCAACAAAAACAAAAACAUAAAAGCUGUUGCCAUUGAUGUAAUGUUGAUAGCAGCAGUAACAGUUGUAAUAAUCCCUCCAUUCCAUUUCAAGUGGUCAUUAAAUUGCUAUGCAAAAAAGAUGCUGUCUUUCUAAAGAGCAGUGAUGAUAUUGCUAUAAAGAUUCCAUUUUUCCAAAGAGGCAGUGAUGAUAUUGCUAUUUCUGGGCUGAUUAAUUCGGAGCAUGGAGAAAACCCGACCCGUAUCAUGGCGGGGCAAACCCGUUUUGCAGCCAUGGCGUUGUUGUGUUCUUUUCCCCCCCCAUUUUACACAGAUUUGAGCCUCAAUUGAUGGAAACCCAGUUCAUUUUAACUGAAAAGGAUGAGGCAAUCGGAGAAAAUAUGGGGAUUAUUUCAGGGUGGUUUACCAUCUCCAGUAUGUCAAUGAUUUUUUAUUUUCUUUAACGAGAAAAUGACAAAAAUGGUCCCUUAUGUUUGAGUGUUGGUUCAAAAUAGUCCCUUUAAGUAUGUACUUCACAACAUUAGUAGUGCCCUCCGUUCCAUAUACGUGUGUUGAAAAGGUGCCAUCUUUCGAAAGAGGCAGUGAUGAUUUUGGUAAGAACGUGUUGGGAUUGGCUUACUUUAGGUGCUGUUAAGCCAAAAUAGCAUUAAAGCAUUUUCUGGGCUGAAAUCAGGGCAUGAAGAAAAGCCGACUCGUAUCUUGGCGGGGCAAACCCUAAUUAUGCAACCGGUUCAUUUUGCAGCCAUGGAAAAAAAAAGAACAUCAAUAAUGAUCCAUGUAAUAAGUGUUCUCCUGUUUGCCCCAUUUUACACAGACCUGAGCCUCGAUUUCAAAUAAGUCUCUGUGGAUUUUACCCGGGACCUUGUUUGAUGGAAACCCAGUUCAUUUUAGCUCAAAAGAUUGAGGCAAUCGGGGAAAAGUGGUGACUUUUUCAGGGUGGUUGACCAUUGACCAUCUCCGGUAUGUCAAUGAUUUCUUCUUUGCUCUAAUCAACAGUUCUUUUAGCUUUUCUAUGUGAGCAAAGUAUACAAAUAGCCGAAUAUAGACCAUUUCCAACGUUAUUCUUGUAUUUCCUGGAUUUUAGGGCUUACAGGUUACAGAGUAAUGGAAGGUCAGCCCAGUAUGAAGAAUGAGGCCUACAGGGAAAAAAAGGGAAUUCUUUGGAGGGUGGUUGUCCCCUCUGAUUGGCCUAUGAUUUCUCCGACCAACCAUACCAACAACCCUCUGCAACUGUUGAAACAAGCAUUAUUUGUUACACUUACAGACCAGUGCCUUUGAAGGACAAUCCGCGCAAAAAAAUGUAAAUUAAUCUUUCACUUACAGUGAGGAUCAGCCCAGAAGGAAGAAUGAGGCCAACAGAGAAAAAAAUUGGAUUUCCUGGAGGGUGGUUGCCCUCUCUGAUUGGCCUAUGAUUUCUUCCACCAACCAAACCAACAACCCUCCAUUGGUAUACUUCUGAAAAAAUCCCAGCCAAAAAAAAAAAAAAAAAUGCUGUUGCCAUUGAUGUAAUGUUGAUAGCUGCAGUAACAGUACUAAUACUCCCUCCGUUCCAAUUUAAGUGUCCCCACUGAAUUGCUAUUCAAAAAGAUUCCAUCUUUCUAAUGAGGCAGUGAUGAUAUUGCGGAUUCUGGGCUGAAAUUCGGGGCAUGGAGAAAACCUGACUCGUAUCUUGGCGGGGCAGACCCAGAUCAUGCAACCAGUUAGAUUGCAGCCACGGUAUUGUCGCUUCUCUUUGCCUCAUUUUACACAAAUCUGAGCCUCUGCUUCCAAAGAGUCACUGAAAAAUAUUUGGGAUCUAUGGCCAAACGCCUAAUUAGUCUUUCAAACAACAGUGAGGAUUAGCCCAGAAGGAAGAAUGAGGCCAACAGAGAAAAAAUGGAUUUCUUGGAGGGUGGUUUCCCUCUCUAAUUGGCCUAUGAUUUCUCUGUCCGACCAAACCAACAACCCUCCGAUGGUAUUUCUGAAAUUUCCCAACAACAAAAAACAAUCUUUUGCCAUUGAUGUAAUGUUGAUAGCAGUAGUAGUAGUAAUGCUCACUCCGUCUCAAUUACUUGUCUUGAAAACUAUCCACAAAUUGCCAUACAAAAAGAUUCCAUCUUCCUAAAGAGGCAGUGAUGAUAUUGGGGACUCUGGGCUGAAAUUCAGGGCAAGGAGGAAACCCGACUCGUAUCUUGGCAGGGCAUACCCGGAUAAUGCAGCCGGUUCAUUUUGCAGCCAUGGCGUUGUCCUCUUCUCGUCUUCCCCAUUUCACUCAGAUCUGAGCCUCAACUGCCAAUGAGUUCCAGGAUCCGAAACCAGAAGCCCUUUGAUGGAAACCCAGUUCAUUUAGCUCGAAAGGAUGAGGCAAUCGGAUAAAAAUUGGGAAUAUUUUCAGGGUGGUUGACCAUGACCAUCUCCAGUAUGUCAAUGAUUUCCUCUUUGCUCUAAUUAACAGCCCUUUUAGCUGAUCAUUGGCAUUUAUGCCCCUAUUUUGUGCUGGUCUUUAAUUUUGCCCCUCAUAACCAAACUUUUUCGCGGGGCAUUUGCCGGGCAAAUCAUGCAAUUUCUUCUUUUAGCUUUUGGAUGAAGAAUGAGGCCAACAGGGAGAAAAGGGAAUGUCUUUUGGAGGGUGGUUUCCCUCGCUGAUUGGCCUAUGAUUUCUUCAUCAACCAAACCAACAACCCUCCGAUGGCAUAUUUGUGCGUAGAUUUAAAAAAAAAAAAAAAAAAAAGAAUCGGUUGCCAUUGAUGUAAUGUUAAUAACAGCAGUAGUAGUGAUACUCCCUCCUCAAUUUACUUGUCUUGAAACUGUUCACACAUUGCUAUGCAAAAAGAUUCCAUCUUCUAAAGAGGCAGUGAUGAUAUUGCUAAUUCUGGACUGAAAUUCGGGCAUGGACAAAAUCCAACUCGUAUCUUGGCAAGGCAAACCCGGUUCAUGCAACCGGUUCAUGUUGCAGCCAUGGCGUUGUUGUCUUCUCUUUUGCCCCGUUUUAAACAGAUCUGAGCCUCAUCUUGCAUUGUGGUUUCUCUGGGAUCCGAACCCGGAAUGGAGACCCAGUUCAUUUUAGCUGAAAAGGAUGAGGCAAUCGAAGAAAAUUGGGGAUUUAUACAGGGUGGUUGACCAUCUCCGGAAUGUCAAUGAUUUCUUCUUUGCUCUAAUCAACGACCCUUUUAGAGUUUGUAUGUGAACGAAAUGCACAAAUAGCCGAUUUUAGUCCAUUUCCAAGGUUAUUGGGUGUAAUUUCCCAUAUUUUAGGUCCCUGUUUAAAGACAACCGGAAGUUACAAAGUCGCCGUUUGGCCAUGAGAAUUAUUCACCUUUUUUUUCCCAGUUCAAACCGGAAUCAUGUUUCACUUUAUUUCAAAAUCUUCAUUGAAAGAGUGAUCUAAACUUGUUAUCCAACUUCAUCUUCGUAAAUUUCAAACAUACUGUUUUUCUCUCCUUUGCUAAAAGACAACAAAACAAGACUUAUCCUGAACUCCAACAUCUUAAUUUCCAAGUAAAGUGAAAAAUAUUGGAAUCUAUGGUCAAACGCCUACUUACAGUUUAUAGAAUAAUGGAAGCUUAGCCUAGUAUGAAGAAUGAGGCCAACAGGGAGGAAAAGGUAAUUUCAUUGGAGGGUGGUUGCCCUCUCUGAUAACUUUAACCAAACCAACAACCCUCUUCAAAAGUGAGAACAAGAAACAAUAUUUGUUACACACACAGAUCUGUAAGAUCUCAUUUGUUUUAUUAAUUUUUCUUGUUAAAGUUGUCCAAACGAGCUCUUAUGAAAAAGUUUGAAGAAAUUGUACCUGUUUUCCCUUCAAAUGGGCUGAUCUUUAAUUUAAUAGGGGCAUAAGAGCAAAUGACCCGUAAAAUUUCCAUUGCUUUGAAAGAGGCAGUGAUGAUGUUGCUGAUCUGGGCUGAUGUUUGGGUCAUGGAGACUAGUCGACCCGUAUCUUGGCAUGGCAAACCCGGAUGGCUUGUGAUUGAGUCUUCUCUUUCACAUGCAACUGGUUCUUUUGCAGCCAUGGCGUUGUCGCCUUCUCUUUGCUCCAUUUUUUGUAGAUCUGAGCCUGAACCCUAGGAUUCCAAGAGUUCUGAACCUAAAUGGUGAAAAACCCUCGCUACGCACACAUACAGACACACAUUUUUUUUUUUUUUUUUUUUUUUGAGAAACACAUAGAGACGCACAUAUUAUGAGAAAAUUUUCAAAAAAUGGUCCCUUAUCGAGAGGCAAUGAUGAUCUUUCAACCUAUCCUCUUGAGCUAGUAAUAGAGCAUUGAUAGUCCAGACCUAUAUCUUGGCGGGGCAAUGACCUGGAUGCCUGUGAUUUUGUUGCAUGCAACUUGGGAAUCAUUGCAGCCUUGGUGUGGCAGGACUUUCUUUGCCUGAGCAUAAAUACAGAUCUGAGCCUCAAUUGUCACUUAUCUCUUACACUGGGUGUAUUUGGUACAGUCCCACAAGUGGGAUGUACGCAGACCUUACCCUUGUGGAGUAGAGAGGUUGUUUCUGAUAGACCCUCGGCUCAAGAAAUAAGACAUUCGACGUGAGGCCCAUAAUGAGGCAGUGAUGAUUUUCAUUCUUUACUCAUCAGAUGGUUGAUCAGAUGGUUGAGCCUUGCUAUAUCUUGGCGUGGCAGCUUUUGGGGGGUCUAGUGAGAUAUUGGAGCUAUUUGGUUUCCGCCUCUCACAGAGGCUCCUUAAGCUUGCAGCCAUGGCAGGGCUUAGCUUAUGACUGAGAAAAGGCGAAUCUGAGCCUCCUAAAUAUCCUUUAAUGUUCAAAAUGAGGUUUUUUAUAGAACUCCAGGAAGGUUGAGAUUUUCCAAGUGUGCUUACUCCCUUCCUCUGACAUUCAAUUUAGCCAAUGAAUUUCCCUAUAUAUACAUUUGUUACACAGUAUAUUACACCCAAUGACCUUGAUAAUGGGUGGUCUUGACCCCACUUGCCCCAUGGCAGACUUUCAAAGUCAGAAGUCAAAAGUUCCGCCCAUGGGGUAAGUGUGGUAAAAAAUUCAAGACCACUCACCUCUACAGGCCAUUCUUGUAAAUCACCCCUACUUUACUGCAUUGAGAAAAUCUGAGCCGUUCUUGGCAGGGCGACCUGAUAUGGCAUCAUCUGCAAACUGGUGCCUGCAGCCAUGGCGUUGUCCCUUUCUCUUUGCAUGUUCAUAUACAACAAAAUAUGAUCACCAAAGUCUAUGGUAAAUUUCUCAAAUGGUCACUCAACUGAUGGGCGUUCUUACGACCUGAAUACCCAAUAGGGUUCAGUCCGAGCAACAUAGAAUAUGUCCAACGAGGCAGUGAAGAUGUUUGUUCUUUAAUAAUCAGAUAGGUGAACUUUUUUGUAAAUUGGCAUGGCAGCUUUAAGGGUCAUAGAGAUAAGGGGACUAUAUUGAUUUUCUUCUCACUUGGCUACUGAUGCUUGCAGCCAUGGCAUAGUUUAGCUUUUUGUCUGAGAGAAGGCGAAUCUGAGCCUCCCAAGUAUCUGUUUUGUUCAGUGAAUGAGGCUUUCUAUUGAACUCGAGAAAGGUAGAGAUUUUCUGAGGGUGGCUGCUCUCUUUCUCGCAGGUUCAAUUUAGCCGUGAAUUUUCCUAUUCUUUUGUUAUAAAGAGAAAGUUUAACAGCCCUUUUCAUCAACAAUAUGCUCUUGAUGAUGAUGAUUGCCAUGGUUAUGGUAAUAAUAACGGAAAAUACAUAUUUUGCCCCCUCAACUUUUCUUGAAAAUCCAUAAUCCUCAACCCUAAACUUUGUUUCCAUCACCUUCAGUGGUGGCAAUGUGAUGCUGAUGGAAGUAGUAGUAUUCAAUUUUUCUGAUCAAUACGAGCUAACAUAGACCAAAUGUUUUUGGUCCAAAGCAUUGACAGAUAUGAAGGUAUCAUUUGUUUUACUAAUUUUUCUUGUUAAAGUUAUCCAGACGGGCUCAUAUGGAAAAGUUUCCAUUUUUUUGAAAGAGGCAGUGAUGAUAUUGCUAAUCUGGGCUGAUGUUUGGGGCAUGGAGACAAUCCGACCCGUAACUUGGCAUGACAAACCUGGAUAGCUUGUGAUUGAGUCUUCUCUUUCACAUGCAAUUUGUUCUUUUGCAGCCAUGGCGUUGUCGCCUUCUCUUUGCCCCAUUUUUUGCAGAUCUGAGCCUCAAUUUCCAACUAGUCGGACUGGACGUCCCGGUUUAGAGUCCGGAACCUAAAUGACAAAAAACUCUGUGUAUGCACCCAAACACAUAUCAUGAGAAAAUGUGCAAAAUGGUCUUUUAUCGAAGCAGUGAUGAACUUUCAAUCUAUCCUCUUGAGCUAGUAAUUGAACAUUGAAAGUAGCAGACCGGUAUCUUGGCGGGGCAAUGACCCGGAUGCCUGUGAUUUUAUUGCUUGCAAUUUGGGGAUAUUCGCAGCCAUAGCCUGGCAGGACUUUCUUUGACUGAGCAUAAAUUCAGAUCUGAGCCUCAAUUGUCAGUCUUACUCUGGGUGUACUUCGUAUGGAGGAAAAUGUUUUAGUGAAGCAGCCCUAAAGUGGCUACCUAGUGUCAACAACAACAUACGUAGCGUGAUCCCACAAGUGGGGUUUGGGAAGGGUGGGGUGCAUGCACACCUUACCCAUACCUUUGUGGGUAGAGAGGUUGUUUCCUAUUGCCAAACCUGGUGUUAUUUCUAUAAAUAAGUCCUUCGACAUGAGGCCCAUAAUGAGGCUGUGAUGAUUUUCAUUCUUUACUCAUGCAGUACAAUGAUUCCAUUGUACAAGAACAAGGGCGACAUUCAAAGUUGCAACAACUACAGAGGGAUCAAGCUGCUAAGCCACACUAUGAAAGUGUGGGAAAGGGUGGUGGAGAUGAGGGUGAGGAGAGGCGUGUUUAUCUCAGAGAACCAGUUUGGAUUCAUGCCGAGGCGCUCAACUAUAGAAGCUAUUCAUCUUGUACUGAGACUGGUGGAGCAAUAUAGGGAGAGGAAGAGGGACUUGCACAUGGUAUUCAUCGACCUAGAAAAGGCAUACGACAAAGUGCCGAGAGAGGUUCUAUGGAGAUGCUUGGAGGCUAGAGGUGUACCUGUGGCGUACAUUAGGGCAAGGACAUGUAUGAUGGGGCCAAGACCAGGGUAAGGACUUUGGGAGGAGACUCAGAGCACUUCCCAGUAGUGAUGGGGCUGCAUCAGGGAUCAACUCUUAGCCCAUUUUUAUUCUCCUUGGUGAUCGAUGGAUUGACGCGGCAAAUUCAAGGUGAGGUGCCAUGGUGUAUGUUAUUUGCGGAUGACAUAGUGAUUGACGAGUCUCGCAGCGGGGUUAACGCUAAGCUGGAGGUUUGGAGACAAACUCUGGAGUCUAAAGGGUUCAAGUUGAGUAGGACCAAGACAGAGUACUUGGAGUGCAAGUUCAGUGAUAUAGUACAGGAGGCUGAUGUGGAAGUGAAGCUUGGCACCCAGGUCAUACAGAAGAAAGAUAGUUUCAAGUAUCUUGGGUCUAUUAUACAAGGAAAUGGGGAGAUUGAUGAUGACGUCACACAUCGUAUUGGUGCAGGAUGGAUGAAAUGGAGGCUUGCUUCCGGAGUGUUGUGUGACAAGAAGGUGCCACCGAAACUUAAAGGCAAGUUCUACAAAGUGGUGGUUAGACCAACUAUGUUUUAUGGGGCGAAGUGUUGGCCAGUCAACAAAUCUCAUGUUCAGAAGAUGAAAGUGGCGGAAAUGAGAAUGCUGCGAUGGAUGUGUGGACACACUAGGAGUGAUGGGAUUAGGAAUGAAGUCAUCCGAGACAAGGUUGGAAUAGCCUCAGUGGAAGACAAGAUGCGGGAAGCGAGAUUGAGAUGGUUUGGGCAUGUGAUGCGGAGAGAUGAAAAUGCCCCAGUGCGGAGGUGCGAGAGGUUGGCCAGCGACGGUUUCAGAAGAGGUAGAGGUAGGCCGAAGAAGUAUUGGGGGGAAGUGAUUAGACAGGACAUGGCGCAUUUCCUGCUUACGGAGGACAUGACCUUAGAUAGGAGGGUAUGGAGGGCUCAUAUUAGGGUAAAAGGAUAGUAGGUAGUCGCGUUUAUCCUCCCUUAAGAGUGGUUAUGUUGUUCUAUAGUUUCUUGUUUCUUGAUUUCUGCGAGUAUCUGUUGGUUUAUAAUGGCUUAUUUACUUUCAUUGUUUUCAUUUUCAUAGUUAUUUAUAGCAGUUAAUUCUCCUUUUACCAUGACUUUCUUGCUUUGUUAUUCCUUGCUUUCAUAUUGUUUUUGAUACGCUUGAUCAUAUCUAACCUUUUGUCUUGUCCUUUUUUUUUUUUCUCUCUCCUCUCUUGAGCCGAGGGUCUUUCAGAAACAGCCGCCCUACCUUUCAAGGUGGGGGUUAGGUUUGCGUACACUCUACCCUCCCCAGACCGCACAUAGUGGGAUUAUACUGGGCUUGUUGUUGUUGUUGUUGUUGUUGUUGUACUCAUCAGAUGGUUGAGCCUUGCUAUAUCUCGGCGUGGCAGCUUUUGGGAGGUCUUGUGAGCUAUUGGAGCUAUUUUGGUUUCUGCCUCUCACAAAGGCUCCUUAAGCUUGCAGCUGCGGGGUUUAGCUUAUGUCUGAGAAAAGUCGAAUCUAAGCCUCCUAAAUAUUUUAUUUUUUUAAUGUUCAAAAUGAGGCUUUUUAUGGAACUCGAGGAAGGUUGAGAUUUUCUAAGGAUGUUAACUCCCUUCCUCUGAAGUUCAAUUUAGCCAAUGAAUUUCCCUAUGCUAUACUUUUGUUACACAGGAAAUUACACCCAAUGACCUCGAUAAGUCCUGACCCCACUUGCCUCAUGGCAAACUUCCAAAGUCAGAAGUCAAAAGUUUUGCCCAUGGAGUAAGUGGGGUAACAAAUUCAACACCGCUCAUCUCUACAGGCCAUUCUUGUAAAUCACCCCUACUUUACUGCAUUGAGAAAAUCUGACCCGUAUCUUGGCAGGGCGACCCGGUACGGCAUCAUCUGCAAACCGGUGUCUGCAGCCAUGGCGUUGUGCAUUUCUCUUUGCAUGUUCAUAUAAAACAAAAUUUGAUCCCUAAAGUCUGGUAAAUUUAUCAAAUGGUCACUCAACUGAUGGGAAUUCUCAGGAACCUGAAUACCCAAUAGGGUUCAGUCCGAGCAACAGAGAAUAUCAGUGGAGAUGUUCAUUAUUUAAUAAUCAGAUAGUUGAACUUUGUCGUAAAUUGGCGUGGCAGCUUUAAUUCAGUAGGCUAUUAAUGCUUGCAGCCAUGACAUGGUUUAGCUUUUGUUGUCUGAGAAAAGGCGAAUCUGAGCCUCCCAAGUAUCUCUUUUUAUUCAGAGAAUGAGGCUUUUCAUUGAACUCGAGAAAGGUAGAGAUUUUCUGAGGGUGGUUAUUCUCUUCCUCUGAAGUUCAAUUUAGCCAAUGAAUUUUCCUAUGCUUUUGUUAUAAAGAGAAAGAUUAACAGCCCUUUCAUCAGCAAAGUGCCAAUUAUGGUGGGGAUGAUGAUGAUGAUGAUUUUAGUCACGGUUAUGGCAGUAAUAAAGGAAAGGCCAAAUGCAUAGAUAGCCCCUUCAUGCUUGCAGCCAUGACAUGGUUUAGCUUUUUGUCUGGGAAAAGGCGAAUCCGAGCCUCCCAAGUAUCUGUUUUGUUCAGUGAAUGCAGCUUUUAUUGAACUCGAGAAAGGUAUAGAUUUUCUGAGGGUGGUUACUCUCUUUCUCUUAAGUUCAAUUUAGCCAAUGAAUUUUCCUAUGCUUUUGUUAUAAAGAUAAAAAAGUUUGACAGCCCUUGAUGAUGAUGAUGAUGAUGAUGAUUGCCAUGGUUAUGGUAAUAAUAAGGAAAAUACAUGUUGUGCCCCCUCAACAUGUUUGCUAAACCCUGAAUCCUCAACCCUAAACUUUGUGAAUGAGGCUGUGAUGAUAUUCUCCAAGAAGCUUGAAAAUCAGAUUAUUGAGCUGAUUCGUAUCUUGGCUAGGCAAAGGUAUCUGGUUUUUGCAGCCAUGGCGGAUUAGCCCUUUUUCUGAUUUAUUUUUACUCAAAUCUGAGCCUCUUUUCUAUUUAUAGUUUGGUUCUACAGUAUGUAGUAUUUUUCUUUCAUUCUUCGUUCGAUCAGUUCAUAUCAGGAAGAAUUCCCUUUGAAAAAAGAAUCUUUUUAUGUAUCCAUCUACACAUUUUCCACAAAUUGUUUGCUACAAUGAAACAAGUCCAAGGGAAUGGAAGUGAAUAUUGAGGAUUAUUCUUGUUUCAAUCUUGAACGCUCCAAGUCUCGAAGGCAAUGAAGAUUAUUCAUAAUGAAAAUGAAAAGUGAAGAAGAUGAGAGUUGAUUUGUGGCCUGGCUUGGCGAGUCCAAUCGGAAGGUCUUAUAAGGCAACUGUUGCUUGCAGCCAUGGCACUGUUGUUAACUCUGCUCUUUUUUCUUUUGAUUAAAUAGGCGAAAAUCUGAGCCUCAUUCUUAACUUAGUUCAUUUACUUUCUGGAUAGGAACUUAGAUUACCAUCAUUGUGGAAUCACUGAAUUAACAGCUCCGGCUUCCAAUGCCAAAAGAAAAAAAAUGGUGUUUUUUGGUUGAAUAGAUGGAUUUGUUAUCUGAUGAAGGUGGAUCCAUACCUAAAGGUGAGUAAAAGACGGUCCCUUUUACGGGUAGCAUCAGCAACCGUCCUUUCAGGUGAACGAUGUUGAUACAUUUCAUCUUGCUGUGUGGUGGACCGGUGUUGUUUCAGUUGGUGGUGAUACUGAUGGUAAAGAUUGCUGGUCCCAUGUGGCUUUCGAGGAUCUGGAUGAUGAGCUUGAUUGGGUUGAUGGAAAUUGGAUCCGCCCACAUGAAAAAGAUAAUAUGGCAGUUUAUAGACAUCCACAAAUACAAGAAGGAAAAACCAGCUUAUAUUGGACCUGCUGUUGGAUGAUAUAUUGGCUGAUUAAGGUCUUGACUGUCGCUACAAGAAUGAGGCGAGGCCAGCCCUAAGUCUAUGUUGAAGUUCCUGGCUCCCAUCGGGUUGUCACUGAGCAUUCCUAGUCACACGGGAAAGCGGUCAAAUGGCAAUGCGGCUAGGUCAUAUAUGCCCACAUAUCACGUUGCCUCAGCUCGACUGCAUGAGGCCUCAAAGAUGCAAGUCUCUGAUUCUUGGCUACUGAUAGUUCAGAGCUAUUGGUUUGUUCUCUCAAGAAUGUCGAUUAAUAUGGAUAAUAUAUCUGUUGACAAAUUAUCAGCUUUCUUUGAGGUCAAAUUUUUUGUAGGAUCCAUUGGAUGAUGAUCAUUAGAUCAAUCAUAUCAUUAUAAAAUUAGUUGAAAUGUGGAAUAUAUUGUACAGCAAACUCUAUUUGCA